AUGUCCGGAAAAGAAGACCCUUUGGCCUACGGGCAUUAUGGCGGACAAGGAGAGUCUGAAAGAGGAGGAGGGGAGGGGGGAGGGGAGAGGAGUCUCCUAGGAGACACGCUCCACAAGUUCCGUGAUAAAUACAAGACUUACUCGGGCGGACAGCCCUCCCAGCAACCAUAUCAGCAGUCGCACUACGAUACCCAAGGUGGCUAUCAGGGACAACCCGGCUCCCAUGGCUACGGACAACAGUUUCCACAGUCUCAGCAACCUUAUACCGCCCCUGGCCAACAACCAUACAGUGAACCUAUCCAAGGCCAGAACCCUCCCUACCAUCAAAGCAAACCACCAAAGUCUGAUAUGGUAUCGGGGCUUCUCGGCAAGAUACAAGGAAUUGGCUCCGAUGUAGCACAGAAACUUGGCUCUACUCUGGAUCCUCAAGCGUAUGCCCAGUAUGGCCCAGGCCCAUCAAACUCACAGAAUCGAUUUGGAAGCUUUGCACCGCCCAGGGAGCACUGCGAUGCCAAGUGGUAUGUCGAUGGCUGUGAUUAUAUGUACGCCGUCUCUAGGGCGUUGGAGAAUGCAAAGGAGUCGGUUUGGAUCCUCGAUUGGUGGCUAUCUCCGGAGCUAUAUUUGAGACGCCCGCCUUCCAAAAAUGAGCAGUACAGACUCGAUCGAAUGCUGCAGGCUGCAGCUCAACGCGGGGUGCGUGUCAACGUAAUUGUGUAUAAAGAGGUCACCCAGGCCAUGACCUAUAAUGAGCCAAAACUUAUUCCUUGUCGUAUGGCAGUAUCGUCUUCUCACACUAAGCAUCAUCUGGAGGAUCUUCAUCCAAACAUUGCCGUAUUCCGCCACCCAGAUCAUCUACCUGAUCGGCAAUCUAUCCAUUCUUCUGUUAUAGAUUCAUUCAAGAACUUGACUCUCAGCGCAGCCGGCGUAUCCAAGCUUUCCGGAGAUGCUUUGAAAGGUUUGUACGGGAUGAGUGGUGAUGUUGUUCUUUAUUGGGCUCACCAUGAAAAGCUUUGCAUAGUUGAUGGGAAGACUGCGUUCAUGGGUGGACUUGAUCUGUGUUAUGGCCGUUGGGAUACCCAUCAGCAUUCUAUUUCUGAUGUUCAUCCUAACGACAUCAGGGAGACCGUGUUCCCUGGCCAGGAUUAUAACAACUCUCGUGUUCUGGAUUUCCAGGAUGUGCUUCAUUGGGAAAAUAACACGCUUGACCGCAAGAGCAACUCCCGCAUGGGCUGGUCGGAUAUUUCAGUUAGUUUGCACGGGCCAGCUGUUGAGGACCUUCGGAGGCAUUUCGUUGAGCGAUGGAACUUCAUUUACGACGAAAAAUACAAUGUCCGUCAGGAUACGAGAUACUCGAAGCUGGUUCUCUACGGAAAACCGCUGCCAGCUGGCACCAUUCCUGGAUCACAUGGGCAACAGCAGCAACAACAAUAUGGACACCAGCCACCUCCUCCAGGUCAGACCCAACAGUACCCCCCGCCUCCUCCUGGCCCUCCACCGUCUCAAACCCAAUAUAGCGGUAGCAAUCAAUCAGGGCAACCUCAAUGGGCCGCUCCACCUCAGCAAUCGCAGUCCCAGACGCCAUAUUUCCCUCCCCCUCCAACUCAAGCUAGCCAGCAUUCACAGACUCGUGGGCCAGAACCUCACUAUGACCAAGGCUAUCAGCAGCAGUUCCAGCCAGGCUACCAUCAGCAGACUGACCAGGAUCGCACUCUGACUUCUGAGCUCCGUGGAUUGAGAAAUGACCUUGGAAAUUUUGGCAACAUCCUUCGAGGUCAACUUGCUGGGCAGGUGCACCAAUAUCAGGAUCGUUAUUUCUCUGGUACUCCUGGUUCUACUGCGGGGCCACCGGCGAACAUGUCUUGUCAGAUAGUCCGUAGCUCAGCAAAAUGGAGCCAUGGUAUUCCAGUAGAACACUCAAUUAUGGAUGCAUACGCCGCUAUCAUUCGCGACAGCGAGCAUUUCGUAUACAUUGAGAACCAGUUCUUCAUCACAGCGACUGGUGAUACCCAGAAACCUGUCGAAAAUAAGAUUGGUGCGGCUAUUGUUGAACGGAUUCUUCGUGCUGCGAGAGCAGGACAGAAGUACAAGAUGAUAGUUGUUAUCCCAGCAAUUCCCUGCUUUGCGGGAGAGCUUCGUGAUGACGCUGCUCUCGGGAUUCGUGCGAUUAUGGAAUUCCAAUACGCUUCUAUCAACCGUGGAGGUCACAGUAUUAUGGAACUGAUUGCCAAGGAGGGACACAACCCGAUGGAUUAUAUUCGUUUCUAUAACCUUCGCAACUAUGACAGGAUUAACGCAAGCGCAGAAAUGAGAAAAGCUGAGCAGAAAAGUGGUAUUGACUACCAGGACGCCCAAAAGCAGCAUGAUGACAAGGUUGCUGCGAGCAGAACUAGCGCGUUCGAUACUACUACGGCCUAUCAACCAUACCAGCAGGCUGCACAGCAGGUUUCCCAUUCAAGCGGAUCUGGUCGUUGGAAUAGCGUAAGCGAGUGCUAUAUGCUUGGUGGCGAGGAUAUUCGAAAAGUGCCAUGGGAACAUCCUGGCGAUGUUUCUGAAAUUGAUGCCUUUGUCAGCGAGGAACUCUAUGUGCAUUCAAAGGUUUUGAUUGCCGACGACAGAACGGUCAUCUGCGGAAGUGCCAAUCUCAACGACCGUUCCCAGCUGGGCGAUCACGAUUCGGAAAUUGCUGUCAUCAUCCAAGACCCCACUCCUCUGGAAUCAUCAAUGGACGGGAAACCGUACCUCGUGAGCAAAUUUGCGACUACCCUUCGACGCCAACUAUGCCGAAAACACUUGGGCUUGCUUCCAGUUCAAGAUUAUGAGAGGUCAACUGCUAAUUCUGAGCCAGUGGGCGUGCCCAACUCUUACGAUAUGAACUCACCAGAGAAUCAAAUCGUCAUCGACCCUCUAUCUGACACAUUCCAGAGCCUCUGGAAUUCCCGCGCAAAACAGAACACGGAGGUCUAUCGUAAAGUUUUCCACGCUGUGCCCGAUGAUAAAAUCCGAAACUGGAACGACUACAAGGAGUUUUUCGAGUAUUCCUUCCGCAGUCCUGUCGCGGAGGAGAAAAAAGAUAAAGAAGGGGAAACACGGGAAAAACCAUACUUGAUAGGCCAUGUCGUUCGCGAAGAUUUUCCAGGAGGAGUACAGCAGGUCAAGGAGGAGUUGAGCAAGGUCAAGGGAACGGUCGUGGAGAUGCCCUUGAUGUUCUUGAUAGAAGAGGACAUUGCCAAAGAAGGGAUGACGUUCAAUAGCCUUACGGCGCCUCUCUACACCUGAAGUCAUUACCACCUCUUCAUUUGAUGCCUUGUGGAUUUUUUUCACCUAUCAGUUGAACGUUUGUGAUAUUUGCUUCUCUAUUUUUAUGUGAUAUGUUCAUGAAAUUUCUAGCCAUAUUCCUGUUAUCUCACAUGCUGAACAGAUUUGGGCUAGCCGCUUGUCUCCCAACAUGUUCGAGCCGCCAUACAACGAGAUAAUGUUGGUAUACCAGUUUUUG